AUGGCUGGUGGAGGAUUCUCGGAUGCGGGAACUCUCAAGAGGGCUCAUCUUUAUGAGCAUAAGAUUACUUCAUAUCUCAUAUUUUCUUGCAUCAUUGGAGCUCUUGGUGGCUCUCUAUUUGGCUAUGAUUUAGGUGUUUCUGGAGGAGUUACCUCUAUGGACGAUUUCCUCGUAGAAUUCUUCCCAAAUGUGUAUGAGAGAAAGCAUGCAAAACUUCAAGAAACGGAUUAUUGUAAAUAUGAUGAUCAAAUAUUGACACUAUUUACUUCAUCUCUCUACUUUGCUGCUCUCGUGUCAACAUUUGGUGCUUCAAGUCUAACAAAAACCAAAGGCAGAAAAGCUAGUAUCUUAGCUGGGUCUGUAAGUUUCUUUAUAGGAGCAGUUCUUAAUGCAGGUGCUAAGAAUAUUGCAAUGUUGAUCAUUGGACGUGUCCUUCUUGGAAUCGGUAUUGGAUUUGGAAAUCAAGCUGUUCCAUUAUAUCUAUCAGAAAUGGCACCUGCAAAAAUCAGAGGAGCAGUGAACCAACUCUUCCAAUUAACAACAUGUUUAGGAAUUUUGAUUGCUAACCUUGUGAAUUAUGCCACUGAGAAACUUCAUCCUUGGGGAUGGAGAUUAUCCCUGGGUUUAGCAACAGUUCCAGCAACAUGCAUGUUCAUUGGAGGUUGUUUUUGUCCCGAAACACCAAACAGUCUUGUCGAACAAGGACGAAUCGAUGAAGGAAGAUUAGUGUUGGAGAAGAUUAGAGGAACUAAGAAUGUUGAUGCUGAAUUUGAUGAUCUUCUUGAGGCUAGCAGGGAAGCAAAAGCUAUUAAGAACCCAUUUCAGAAUCUGCUUUUGAGAAAGAAUAGACCUCAGUUCAUAAUUGGUGCAUUGUGUAUUCCAGCAUUUCAACAGUUGACAGGAAACAAUUCCAUUCUGUUCUAUGCUCCUGUCAUUUUUCAAACAAUAGGAUUUGGAUCUGGUGCAUCUUUGUAUUCAUCUGUUAUUACAAGUGUAGCCCUUGUUCUUGCCACACUCAUCUCAAUGGCUUUUGUUGACAAGUUUGGUAGGAGAGCUUUCUUUUUGGAAGCUGGUACUGAAAUGAUACUAUGCAUGCUUGCUACAGCUAUAAUUUUAGCUGUUUCAUUUGGAAAAGGAAAACAACUGUCAUUUGAAGUUGCUGUCUUUCUAGUUAUUGUAAUUUUCUUGUUUGUUCUGGCGUACGGAAGAUCUUGGGGUCCCUUAGGAUGGUUGGUUCCUAGUGAGCUCUUUCCAUUGGAGAUAAGGUCAGCUGCACAGAGUGUUGUAGUGUGUGUCAACAUGAUCUUCACUGCUAUUGUGGCACAGUUCUUCCUCAUGUCGCUUUGUCAUCUCAAGUAUGGAAUCUUCUUGCUGUUUGCUGCAUUGAUUAUUCUCAUGAGCUGCUUUGUGUACUUCUUCUUGCCAGAAACCAAGCAAGUACCAAUUGAAGAGAUUUAUCUUCUGUUUGAGAGGCACUGGUUUUGGAAGAAAGUGGUAAAAGAUGAAGGUAGCAGCUCUGGAACAAGUGUAUAA